UGACAGUUGAGUUUUAUUGUUCCACGGAAAAUGGUGCGUCGGAGCGACGGUCGGAGAAUUUGCAUCGAAAUUCGUACGAUUUUCUGCGUGUUUGUUUCGUUGUCCAUCUAAAUAAGUUUCGCCAUAGGUGCCCGCAGUUUGUGGACUUUACUGCGCCCAGUAUUCGAUAGUGUUUUUUUUCGCUUUGUUAUUUUGGAUUCGGAUUACUUACUCUCUGCAAGUUUGUCCCACGGUGUAGUGUUUUCACUUUUUCCGGAUUCCCCAUCUAUUGGAUAGCAGAUUGGCGAUUGCAAGCAAGCAGGAAACAGCAGCCCCGUUUCGAGACAGAAGCGAGUGUAUGUGUUGGAUUUCCAUCAUUUCGUUGCCAUAUGAGUAGUAGAAAUAUGACGAUCCCGUCUAGGCCAGCGCCACCGCCCCCACAGACGAUCUCGAACAAGACCAACCGUUACAGUCCGGCCACUAACUGGAAUGACACACCAUUCAGUCCACAACACAGUAUUGGAACUAACAGCAGUAGACAACAGACCCAGCUGACUGUCAAUCAAACCGGCAUAAAACCCAGAAAGACACCUCCACCUAGGCCACCGCCACCGAAGGUCAUCCCGGCACUGAAAAAACCCGGCCAGCCACAGUCCAUCAACAUUCUGUCCAAUUUGUUCGGCCAAAAGCGGAACCACAGCGGCUCCAAAACACCCGUUAGCCUGCAGAAGGGACAAAUCCCUAUGAAAUUACCACCGCCACCGAAGCAGCCACCGCCUCUGAAUCACCACGGGGCUAAUUAUGGGUCCAUUAGUUCUGUCACCCAGCAUAGCAAUCAUGGCUCCACAAACGGAGCAGACCAACAGUUGAUCAGCUUCGAUUCGCCUCCAAGCUCACCGACCUUUACGCAAAAAUCUUGCAGCGACUGUAUCAGCGUGGAUAGCUUUAGUUCCGACUCAAACUAUUCCUCCCCAAACAACGGCAGUGUGUCACAGACAGAAAGCGGGUUCGAAGAUGACUUUGUCGUCAGUCAAGGCGAUCAUCACCGAUCGAAAGCGAGUACACCGUCCGCGAUGAAGGACCUCUGGGACCUUUCCGACCCGUUCGGAAUGCCUCCAGUAGGGGCAAAACCAAGUGCCUCUAGUGGCAACAGCCAUAGCAUCUACGCACCACUGAGCUCCGCUACGAUACGAGCUCCGGCGGUGAACAGCAAGCUGUACGAAGCCGAGUUCGUCGAUCCGCUCUGCAACGGCAAAACCGUUGUUCCUAAAGUACAAACCGUCGCGAAACCGACGAUCAUUAAAGCGUCCACAGCAGCAUCGGGUGGCAGUCAGAAGUCCACUCCAGUGCACAGUCUAAAAACGCGAGUGCCGGUACCGACACAACAACUACCAUCAUGGGCCUCGACAAAACCGCCACUCGUAGUUCCAACUAUUUACUUCCCGGAGAGUAGUAGCGGCAACAGCAGCUUCGGCGAUGCAGAUGAACCGCUGGACUCGCUGCCAUCGUUACCGAUGCCAAACAUUCCACCACCGCCACCUCCACCGUGCGUGAACACUGACGAUCUCGCAGCGCUGACCAUUGGCAACCAUCAUCAACAGCAGGAGGAGGCGUACGGAAUUGCGUUGUAUGACUUCAACGGCGAAACUGAUGAGGAUCUUAGUUUUAGGGCUAACGACAAAAUCUACUUGGUAAGGCGCAUGGACGAGGAGUGGCUGUAUGGUCGAGAUCGACGCGGCUGCGAGGGAAUGUUUCCAACCAAUUUCAUUGAGAUAAAAGUACCGCUGCAGGACGAGCGAACACUGCAUACUAGUGACAGCAACAGUAACAAGAGCAAAGCCGCCGUCACCUCUGAGAGCAUAAGCCAUCCAAAAGUACGCGUUAUGUACACCUUCAACGCCGAAACUGUCGACGAUUUGACAAUAAUGGAGAACGAAUAUGUGACCGUCCUGUACCAAAUCACACCGGAGUGGCUCUACGGUGAGAUGCACGGCCGACAGGGUCAAUUUCCGGCCAACUACAUCCAAUACGUCCCAGCAAACCUACCUCCAAUGCCGGCGACUAAAAACGGUAGUAUUCAGGCAGCAGAGUGAAAGCGCAUCCCUUCGAUAAUGCUACACAAUUUGCGCGGGAUCGAAAUUUGUAUUUCCUAGGGAGGCUCUGCAAACUCUAGUUGCCUUUAUGUGCGCGGCGAUAACAACAAUCAAACAUAGAAGUGAACUUUAUGGAUAGUCGUAUUUCACACAAAAAAGGUGCAGAACCAAGGAGGCAAACUAUAAGGCAAGCCAUUUAUUGAUGAUUAGUAGAAAAACAUUUCUUUAGUCAUAGGCAUUUUCCUGUAAGACCUUUAUGUGUAUAUAUUUUGUUACAACAGUAGUUACAUAUUUGUACAAGAAAUUUGUUAGUGGAAAUGCGUGUGAAGGCUUCUAUUCAUUGGAUCAGGAUAUUUUUUGUUGUACCGCUGUGUAAGAAAAUUGUUCGAAUGGUCGCGUAACAAACAUUAAGGAGAGCUUUCUGAAGGCUUUAAUUGUGAUCGAAAAGCGAUGGUAUUAGAAAACUAUGCAUGUGAGAUAACACUACAUUUGAGAUAAUAUAUCCGAUAUUUGCUAGAUAUUGCUUUAAUGAUAUUCCCAAGACCAAACUCUAUGGAAGCUUAGUGGAAAUUUUAUCUUUUAACCUCUGUAAGCCUAAACGAUCUGAUCACACCACUGUGGAACUAGUUUCGUCUACAAAUUUGAAAGUAAAUCAAUAUUACCGGACCGCAAUUCGCUGUGUCGGCUAAUCUAUGCUUAAUGGUAACUUAUUGCAAGCGUAAGUGAAAUUUCACUUGUAAAUUGUAAACUUUUUGAAGGUUUUUAAAACAUGCGGAAUAAAUUUGUACAAAAGAUUU